UACAAUACGGAAGUGCAACAACUUCUUGUCAUCAGAUCCAGUCAUUCAUCGGCAGUAACCGACCAUGCGUGUUUCAAACCUAGUCUUUAUGGGGGUCGUGGCUUUAUUAAGCCAAGCCUCGGCGCUGGAUAAUGGCUUGGCGGUGACUCCGACGAUGGGCUGGUUGCACUGGGAGAGAUUCACGUGCAACAUCGACUGUGAUGUGGAUCCUCAAAACUGCAUUAGAGAGGAGCUGUUCAUGGAGAUGGCAGAUCUGAUGGUGAAGGAGGGAUGGAAGGAGGCCGGUUAUGAAUAUGUGUGCAUUGAUGACUGCUGGCCCUCGCACAAGAGGGAUGCCCAGGGACGUCUGCAGGCCGACCCCAAGAGAUUUCCCAAUGGGAUAAAAAAACUGGCAGAUUAUGUUCAUGCCAAAGGUCUGAAGCUGGGAAUAUAUGCAGAUGUUGGCACACAUACAUGCGAAGGGUACCCUGGAAGUUUAGGUUAUUAUGAGAUUGAUGCCAAAACCUUUGCAGAGUGGGGUGUGGAUCUGUUGAAAUAUGACGGAUGUUUCAUGCCUGACUGGCAUCAGCUUGCAGAAGGCUAUAAAAACAUGUCAAGAGCUCUAAACCAGACAGGCAGAAAUAUUGUAUACUCAUGUGAAUGGCCAUUAUAUGAGUGGCAACACCAACAGCCUGACUAUGAGGCUAUUCGUAAGACCUGCAACCACUGGCGAAACUAUGGUGAUGUCUAUGACAAGUGGACAAGUGUGACAAGCAUCCUGGACUGGACAGCUGAUCAUCAGAAGAUCCUGGUCCCAGUGGCAGGACCUGGUGGAUGGAAUGACCCUGACAUGCUGAUCAUUGGGAACUUUGGCCUGAGCCACGAUCAGCAGCAGACUCAAAUGGCCAUGUGGACUAUCAUGGCUGCCCCACUUCUGAUGUCCAACGACUUACGAAACAUCUGUCCGAAAGCCAAGGAACUUCUGCAAAACAAAGAGAUCAUUGCCAUUAACCAGGACCUUCUCGGCAAGCAGGGCUAUCGUUCAUUCAAGGCUGACAAAUUUGAGGUGUGGGAACGGCCCUUGUCAGGCGACAGGCUGGCACUAGCAGUGAUGAAUAGACAGGAGAUUGGUGGCCCACGCAUAUUUACCAUUUCUGUGGCGACGGUGCCUAGUUGGCAGCUCUGCAACCCUAAGUGCAAUGUGACACAGAUCCUGCCUGUGUACCAGGAAAUGGGUGUCCAGGAUCUCUUAUCAAAGGUGAUGAUUAAAGUCAAUCCUACAGGCACGACACUUCUCACUGUCAGACCUAUAAAGUUCUGAUGACACCCUGUGAAAAUACUUCCAAAACUAAAAUUUGAGUUUUAAAACAAAAAAGGGGAAACUUAUUAUUGGACUCAUGUUAUCACUUUAACUGUGACUUUGAAACAUUUUAAUUUGUUCUUUCCGCUUUUUCUUUUGAAUGUUACAGAAGAUUGUUGUAUUUGAAAUAUACGGAAUCUAUAAAAAGUGAGCACUAAGGAAUUAAAUUUCAUAUGUAGUUAUGUUAUGUAUCAUUUUUACUGUAUUCACAAAGCACUUUAACUCAAAUAACUGUCCAUCUGCCUUUUUGUAAACCUAUAAACCUGCCUUUUAUAUUUACAACUGUUUGUUUACCUAUAAUCUACUAGAUUUUUUCUUGACUGCCCCACGAGUAGUCAUGAGUAGUCAAUGUUUUUAGUUCACUGAAGAUGUACUGUACUAAAGGAUCAUCACCCAUCCAAGAUCUCUUUUACUUUACAAUAAAGACCCAAAAGAAAGUUGCAUUCCUUUUUAAAGGAAUAUUCUGUGUUCAAUAUAAAUUAAGCUCAAUCAACAGCAUUUGUGGCAUGAUGUUUAUUAUCACAAAAAAUAAUUUCAACUCGAAGUUACAGUGAAGCACUUACAAUGGAAGUGAAUGGGGCCAAUUUUUUAGGUUUUAAAGGCGGAAAUGUGAAGCUUAUAAUUUUAUAAAAGCACUUACGUGAAUUAUUCUGUUAAAACUUGUGUAUUAUUUGACCUGUACAGGUUAAAUCAUAGUCAUUACAGUCAUUUUAGCAUUCUCAGCAUUACGUCAUCAUGGCAACAGAGUUGCAAAACUGGCAAUAAUUUUAAACAGAAAAUGUUAGUGAGCGAGUUUAUCACACUAAAAUCAUGUUAACCUGCAUAUUGUUUAUGUCUUGUUGAUAUACUUUUGAAAUAGUGAGUAUUUUAAUGUUCACAGUGGGCCCCAUUCACUUCCAUUGUAAGUGCCUCACUGUUACCCAGAUUUUUUAAAGAAAGUGAGGGGCAAGUCCAAAUUAAUUUUUGUGGUAAUCAACAUUAUGCCACAAAUACUGUCGAUUGAGCUUAACUUGUAAUAAACCCAGAAUAUUCCAUUAAAUUAACAGACAUAAAAAACCUCAGGUAUUUUACAAAGCAUUUGAUAUCUGUGAUGAAGCUCAGGCCUUGUUUGUAAAUGGAUGUACUUGACCUGAAAUUAAAUAAAGCAUUUGCGGAAGUUUCAGUGGUA